AUGGCGUCCCGCGCGCCCGCGACAACUCGCGCGACCGCCGCGCUCUCCUCCCGCGCGCGCGUCCGCCGCGCCUCCCGCUCCGCGCGCGCGUCCACGACGACUUUCACGACGCGCGCCGCGAUCGCGGAGCCGGAGCCGGUGACCGAGGUCAACAACAGCGAGAUCGAACUCUUCGAGGGGAAGAAGCGCCUCCAGACGCAGACGUCCGUCAUCGGCCCGGACACGACGUGCAUCCGCUCCCUCGACUGGGACCGCGACCGGUUCGACAUCGAGUUUGGGCUGGAGAAAGGGACGACGUACAACUCGUACGUCAUCGAGGGCGCGGAGAAGACCGCGCUCGUGGACGCGUCGCACGAGAAGUUUCGGUCGCUGUACAUCGACACGCUGAAGGGCGUCGUGGACCCCUCCACGAUCGAUUACAUCGUGUGCUCGCACACGGAGCCGGACCACAGCGGGCUGAUCGGGGACAUCUUGGAGCUCGCGCCGAACGCGACCGUCCUGGGCUCGAAGGUUUGCCUCGCGUUCCUCGAGAACUUGGUCCUGAAGCCGUUCAAGUCUCGCGCGGUGAAGGGCGGCGACGUGAUCGACCUCGGCGGCGGGCACGAGCUGAAAUACAUCAUGGCCCCGAACUUGCACUGGCCGGACACGAUGUUCACGUACGACCCGGCGUCUCGGCUCAUCUACACCUGCGACGCGUUCGGGAGCCACUACUGCACCGAGGAGAUGUUCGACACGGACUUGCAAGCCGUGAUGCCGCAUUACCGGUUUUAUUACGAGUGCCUCAUGAAGCCCAACGCGCGUUCGGUGCUCACCGCGCUUCGAAAGUGCAAGUCCGAGGAAGCGGACUUCGUCGGCGUGUGCAACGGCCACGGCCCUCUGCUGCGGUUCAACGUGGACGAGCUCAUCGGGGAUUACCAGCGCUGGAGCGAAGACGCGCUGGAGAAGGCGAAGGCGAACACCGUCGUGUUUUACACCAGCGAUUACGGCUUCUCCGACCGCCUGUCGCAAUCCGUCGCGAGGGGCCUGACCAAGGCGGACGUCGAGGUGACGAUGAUGGACAUGAACACCGCGGACACCCAAGAGAUCAUCGAAGCGGUCGGCCACGCGACCGGCAUCGUGCUGCUCGCGCCGCCGACGGAGGGCCCCGCGCACGACGCGCUCGCCGCCAUCGUCGGCUCGUGCGGCAAGAAGCAAAAGAUUCUCAUCGGCGAGUCGUACGGCGGCGCGGACGAGCCCGUGGACACGAUGGCGGUGAAGUUCGCGAGCUUGGGACUCGCGGAGGUUGUCCCCGCGCUGCGCGUGAAGGAAGACCCGAGCGAGGCGACGUACCAGCUCUUCGAGGAGUCCGGCACGGAUCUCGGGCAGGUUUUGACGAAGAAGGCGACGAUCAAGGCGAUGAAGAGCGCGAUGUCCAACGACGUCGCCAAGGCGCUCGGGCGGGUGAGCGGCGGGUUGUACGUCAUCACCGCAGCGCAGGGCACCGCGACGUCCGCGAUGGUCGCGUCGUGGGUCGCGCAGGCGUCGUUCGAGCCGCUCGGGUUCACCGUCGCGAUCGCGAAGGACCGCGCGAUCGAGUCCUACAUGCAAGUCGGGGACAAGUUCGUCUUAAACUGCCUCCCCGAGGCCGGGUGGGAGCCCAUCGUGAAGCACUUUCUCAUUCGGUUUCCCCCGGGCGCGGACCGGUUCGAGGACGUGGAGUGGCAGCCCGCGUCGUGCGGGGCGCCGAUCCUGAAAGACGCCGCCGCGUACGUGCAGUGUAAAGUGGUGAGCAGGAUGGAAGCCGCGGAUCACUGGAUCGUGUACAGCGAGGCCAUAGACGGGAAGGUGUUCAAGGAUGAGAAGACGGCGACGCACCACCGCAAGGUGGCGUCGUACUACUGA